AUGGGAGCAUCAAUCCAUGCACAUAUCUCUGCAGCUGCAAACGAAAGUCCAAUUACUGCGGCUUUUGUUAGUAUUGCUGCUUGCCUAGGAUUAAUAUUCUUGAUCAUCCAAGAAAUCUUCAAACCCGUUGGAAAGCGCAGAUCACCCCAAGGCAAGAAAUGGAAGCUUCCCCCUGGUCCCCAAGGGGUACCCAUAUUCGGCAGUCUUUUAUAUCUUCAAAAGGUCCGGGAGGACGAAGAGCAUAGAAUACACAAGGAUCUCGCGAAAUAUGGCGAAAUGACCACGCUGCACCUAGGCUCCAAAACCUGGAUUUUGCUGAACAGCAAACGCGUAGUCUCAGAAAUUAUCGCAAAACGCGGCUCCCUCACUAAUGGACGAAGCCCGAUGCCCAUAGCUAGUGGGAUAGUUAGCCGAGACGGGCGCUCCUUACUGCUCCCUCCUGCGCAAUGGAUGGAAAAACGACGUGUAAUGCACUCUCUUCUGAGCGGAACCGCCAUGAAGCAGUAUGGCUCGUGGCAGGAGCUUGAGAGCACUCAGAUGCUUGCAGAAUACUUGUUCCAGCCAGAGCGGUGGUAUCGCCACCAUUAUCGAUAUGCAAACUCUGUGGUUCAUCGUAUCGCACUAGGUGAGCGACUGGUGAAAUCGGGAAAAGAGCUUGCGGAGUUACAAGACGUGGUUACUCAUUUUGUUGGCAGUAUUGGAACCAGCCUAGUUGACUGGUUCCCAGAACUAGAUAAGCUGCCUCGUAUGUUGCAGCCGUGGCGGAAGCACUGGGAGAAGCUUGGAGAUUGGAAUGAAGAGGUCUACAAAUCAUGGUGGAUUCCAGCUCGAGAGAAGGUGGAAAACGGGACAGCGCCUCCAUCAUGGGUACGGGACGUUCUCUUGCACCCGGAUACCAAGUUCACGGGGAAUGAUCAGGAGGCCAUGUACGUUGCUCUACAGCUCCUCGAAGCUGGAUCAGACACGACAAGAGAAGCGCUCAACAUCUUCGCUAUGGCGGCGCUUUGUUUCCCAGACAAGUUCCAAAAGGCCAGAGAAGAGGUGGACAGCCAAUGUAGCACGACAAAGAACUUCCGCCUACCUGGUAUUGAUGAUCUGGGGAACAUGCCCUAUAUAUGCGCUAUGAUCAAGGAGCUCCUGCGUUGGCGGCCAAUUUUCUCCUUUACCCCCGACCAUGUGCUUACAUCCGACAUGGAAUUUGAGGGUUAUAAUUUCCCGGCAGGCGUGGGGUUUGUGAUCAACGAGAUCCCGGUGUGCAACGAGUGUGAGGAUCCAGAAGACUUCAAGCCUGAACGGUGGCUUGACGGACAUGAAACUGACGCUGCACAUGGACUUUGGCAAUUUGGAGGUGGCCGUCGUAUUUGCGUUGGCUAUCGAUUGGCGUUUCAGGGCUUAUUCAUCAAUGUUGCUCGCUUGGUGUUCUGCUACAACUACGAAGCAGCUGGACCCUACGACUCGAAGCGUUUGAAUCACCACAAGACGGUGGAGCCUUUCCCUGUCAAGGUCACUCCGAGAAGUGAGCAGCAUACCAGCUUAAUACUGGAGGAAGGAGCACGGCUAGGUGUGUUAGAAGAUGCUAAGCGCCUAAUUUGA